AUGGAUGAGGACCUAGCCGGACUUGAGAGGGAAUUCUGCCCACCUCUGGACACUGCACUCGUCAUUUCUAUCUAUUCAGACUACAAGGGCGAACCCGACGGCGUUGAACAAGCACGUGCUGUCCUCGCGCAUUUCAAAGAAGCUGCUGCCGUCGAGCAGCUCACCGACUUUGAUCCUUCUGGAUGCAGCACUCAAGCCGGCGAGCCCAGCUCGUCCCCCGAACAGGGCGACCAAAACUCUCGCGACCGCAAAACUUCGACCGAGACGGACGCCACGAGCUUGACAAAUGGCGUCUCCUCGCUCGCUCUCUCAAGCUCGGGCGUUUCCACGCCCUCGGAGCCAGGCGCCAGCAUGGCCUGGCUCCAAAACUUGGAUAUGUCGGCUAAAGAAGCCCAGCUUAUUGAAACCUUUCCAACGUUGAGCGCUGCCACGGUUGCUUUUGUUUUCAAGAAAAACAAGGGCGAUUUCGAAAAGUGUACCGACGAACUACUGAAUCAUGUUCUGUUUGAAGAGAUGGACGGCCAGGAUGGCGAAGAGAAAAUCUUACGAAAGGGAAUCGACACGUUCGCCGCCGCCGACGUGGCAGCUCCCCGCGGACGUAAAGCCAAGGCCAAGAGGAAGAACAAAAAGGCGAACUACAUGAACCUGGAUGAAUAUGCCAGGUCUAGCUCGGAGCCAGCGGCUCCAUCGCCAAAUAAGUGGAAGACCAUCUCCGAUGACGUCGACUUCAUCGCGACCAAGGUCAACGUCUCGUACAAGACCGUCAAGUCUUCCUAUCACAAGUGCGGUGGAUCCGUCGCGGCAACCAUCACCGCGCUCAUGGAAUCCGAUUUCGAGACGAACAAGAAGUCACUGGAGGAAGAAAACGACAUUACCGUCCAGAACGUUCUUGAUCUUACCAACGAAUUCCGGCUCGAACUCCAACAAGCCCACGCCCUCAUCCGCCUCACUCACCCUUCCUCAGCCGCCGCCCACGAGCUCGCAAAAGCCCUCACGCGUCCCUCCAACGCCAGUUCCCCCACGAGCCCCGGCGGCGUCGGCAGCAGCAGCAUCCAGAUCGUCCCCCACUACGCCCCGCUCAACAUCCCCGACCCGGACGAGGACGACGACCUCCUCCACGCCGCCGCCAGCCCCGUCUCGCCAUCGUCCAGCCAGUCCGCCGCGGCGCUCGGCUUCGCGCGCCACACGGCCUUCACCAAGGCGUCCGAGUACCACCGCAAGGGCAAGUCGGACCCGCUGAUGAAGGCGGCGGCGGGCUACUACGGGCAGCUCGGCCGCGACAGCCACCGCGCGUACCAGACGGCCGCGGCCGCCGAGGCCGACGCCCUCGUCGCGGCGCAGUCGUCGCCCGCCCAGCUCGACCUGCACGGCGUCAGCGUCAGUGAUGCGAAGCGCAUCGCCCGCCAGCGCGUCGCCGAGUGGUGGGCCGCCCUGGGCGAGGACCGCAUCAGGGGCUACGCCGGCGCCAAGGGCAGGGCGACCGAGUAUAGGAUUGUUACGGGGGUGGGCAGGCAUAGUGAUGGCGGGAAGGCGAAGAUUGGGCCCGCGGUGAUGAAGAUGCUCGUGGCUGAGGGGUGGAAGAUUGAGGUGGGGAGUGGGUUUUUGACGGUGUCGGGGGUGAGGAAGGUGUGA